ACGCUAGAGUGACAGCGAAUCGUUUAGAUGUAAAUGAAGAGUCAAUGGUACCACACAUAUGUGAGAAAGAUAGGAUACGCAAGCAUAUUGUUACUCCCAGUGCUAGGCUUGCUUCUCAAGCGCCACAGUGUAGAUAUAGGAACAUGAGCUUUGAAAGUGAAAAUUCUCAUAUUAUCAUCGACCUCGUUCAUUGCAGGUAGAAACACCACAUAACUUGUUCAACUCGAUGUAGAAAAUAGAAGAAGAUCGUCGCCCUAGAUUAGAUCUCGAAGC